AUGGUCAACACUAUGAAAUUAUCUCUUGGUUCACGAUGUGUCAAAUAUCUGAUGUUCAUCUUCAAUCUACUCUUUGUUGUGAGUAAUUUUUUUGUUUUUUUGUUUCCAUUAUAACAAUUUUUAGGUACUCGAAUAAAUCACUAUUCGAAAGUGUUCAAGAUUUAUUCGUCAUGAUAAAAGUUUUGUUUUAAACGCCUUUCGAUCGUGGAAUUAUAUUAAAAGUGCAUGUACAUAUCUCGAAAAGUUAUAAUUAGAUGAUUACGUAUGAUUUUAUUCUCUUUUUUGUUUUACAACUAAUCAGAAUUUUGCCAGUAAUCUAACAUAUUGUUCUUCUCUUGUGAUUUAAUUUAAUUAAUAUCAUGAAAGAUUUUUGUUAAUUUCACACUAAUUCAAGUAUAACCUAAAUAUCAAUAUAAAUAUUGAUAUAUAUAUAGAUCCCUGUGGAUGAUAUUAAAAUAAUUUAACAUCAUAAAAUACAUGCAAUAUACAUACAAUAAAUUUCUAUUAAUUUUUAAGUGUUCAAAUGUUUAAAUAUUUUAAAGAUAAUAAACUAAUAUUAGUAGAAAACUGAUUGCUAGAUGUGUCAUAGUGCGAUGAUUUGUUUUUCGUAUAUGAUUACACAUUUGCGUUUUUUUUUUGUGAUGAAUCAUAAAUUCCAGAUAAACGAUCGAAAACAAGUGAACGUAGAUACGUAUGGAUAAACUGCAGACAAAUAAAUAUAUAUAGUUCAUAUAUAUAUUACACAUGCAUAUAUUUUUUAUUUUUACUUUCUAAUAAUUUUGUUACAUUGUGAUAUAAUUAAAAAUAUCUAAUAUAAUGUGAAUAUAUAAACGUAGAAUAUAUAACAAUAUAUAAAUGUAGAAUAUAUACAGACAGAACUUUUUUCUUAUUGUAUAAGAAAGAUUUAUAAUAUUUGUUUAUAAUAAUUAUCGUAAACGAAAAACAAAUUAUGUAUAAAAUUAUUAAUUUUCAUGUUAAUUAAUAACGAAGCAAAUGUAAAAUUUAUUAUUUUAUUUACAAAAUUUAUGUAGAUACUGCGAUGAAGCAAUAUAUGGUAACGAUCUGUAAACUCUUUAAAUGUAUGCAUUUAAAAAUCUUGAAAAUUUUUUUAUACUAAUAGAAAAAAAAAAGUCGCUGCGGACAGGAUUCGAACCUGCGCGGGUAGUACCCAAUGGAUUUCAAGUCCAUCUCCUUAACCGCUCGGACACCGCAGCUAUUAAAAUUUUGGUUUAUUUUAUAUGAAUGUCUAGUUCAUACAUAAUUGAAAUAAUGCAAAUAUUAUUCUUUCAGUUAUAUAAUAAGAAUAAUGCUCAUUUCUAUUAAACAAAAUGAAAUUUGUAAUUGAAAUAUUUGACAUUGCUAUUUAUACUUGCUGCAUGAAUGGUUUUCGAUAUAAAUGAAGUAAUUCAAGAGUGCAUAAUACUUCAAAAAUAAUUUUCAAUUGUACCGUGUAUCAUUCAGCGUAUUAAUAUAGAUAUAACAUUACAUUUUAUAUAGGAUGUAUAUACUUAUGCGAUAUAUCACUAUAUUUACGUAUAACAUUAUUAAUAGUUUAUGUAGCAUAGUAUUAUUUAUAAUAACAGAGCUGGUUGGCAAAUUUUUUUAAAAUCAUUAUUUACAUUGUGCUUUUUGCUUUGUUUAUUUUAAAGUUUGAUUUUCUCAUUUCUAACAAAAUAGUAUUUAAAUUUGUUUCAAUUUAAAUAACAUUCUUUUUAUAAAUCGUGAAGGAAAGAAUUUUUUUAACUGCAUGUAUUUAAGAGAAUUUUACAAACAAUUGUUCGCAUUCUUUCAAAUCACGGCUUCGUAUUAACCUCAUUUCUGUUGUCAGCGAGUAAUUGGAUAUAAAGACCUUUUAAUUUAAUUUUCUAUUGAUUAAAUUUGCAAUGUAAACAAAGUUAAAGUGUUACUUCGUGAUACAUUAGAAUAAAAAAAAGUCGCAGUCGUAGAACAAAAUUUUAUUUAAAAUGAGGACAAAAAUCUAAAAUAGACAGAGAAUUUUAUAUAACUAAUAAGCUUGAAAUAGAUAAGGUUAUGUUUGCAUAAAUACGUAUUUGAAUGCAUGAAAUAUCUAAAGAUCGAAAUGCACAUUAGGAUUUAUCCCGCAACAAAAUAAUGAGACAUGUAUUCAUUUUUGAUCUCUAUAAAGCAAUAUAAUAUGUAAAAAUUGUAUACAUACCAAUUCUUUCAUUAACAUCAAAAAAGAUCAGCUGUUAUUUAUAGACUUUUUUAGAUAGAAGUCAUUUAUGUGAAAAACAACUGCAAUAACAUGAUAGGAUAGACAUAAAAUAUUACUUUAUGAUUAAUAACGCGUUCACUUUUAUUUCUUUUCAAUGACCUCUAUGUGGUUGAUAUUUUCCAUUCUUGUUCUAUUGUUUCUUUGAGCUCAUUUAUUAAAUUAUAUAUUGUCUUCUAUAUUUAUGUAUUUUCUGUGGUUACUUAGAUUAAGUGACCUCGUGGACCAUUGUAAUAUAUUUAUAUCAUUUAUCGAGAAAUAAUAAACAAUCUUCGUUGUACAGAUUAUCUUGUUGAAAAAUAUAAUUUUCAUCAGCAAUUCGAGUAGCAUGUUUUGUAAUUUCUUAAUUACUAUUAUUUACUUUUCUAUCUAUGAAUAAAUGAGAAAUUCUCAUUUUUUUUUUGAUUUUUUGUUUUACAACAUACAGUGACAGUUUCCUUGUCGUGUAACAAUGAAUAUUGUUAAAAAUAUGAAUAUUGUUAAAUAAUGAAUAUUGUUAAAAAUAUACCGAUUUGAUUUACCCAUUGGCGUAACAAUGAAUAUUGUUAAAUAAUGAAUAUCGUUGAAAUAAUGAAUAUUGUUAAAAAUAUACCGAUUUGACAAACGUCGUUUUAGCCAGAUAAAAAUUUUUAUUCCGGUCUUUGCGUGCCAACAAGUACGCCUUAUUGUAAUUUCAACAGCUGUUUAAUCAUUUUUGAAGGUCGCAUAGUGUUUCGAGGCCCGACGUGUAUGCGAGAUUCCGAAAGUUUCGGGAGCUUCGAAAACUUCGAGGACUCGAUCUCGAAUUUUCGAUUUUCCUGUCGUCUUUUAAUGCCAAGUUGCAAAAUUUAUUCAUUCGCUUUAUUUAAAUUAUUAAUCAUAGAAUUAUAAAAUAUGAAUCUGUGGAAAGGACCGGCACUCCAUGAAAUGAGUUUCCGAAACUCCCGGAAAUAUUUUCGGAAAUAUUUCGACACACUCAGGAAUCUUGACGUAGUUGGGAAUUUGUUUUCCGAUUUGAUCCGAUAUGAUCCUACUACUUAUAACAUUAAUAACAUCAAAGUAAAUCUGUUUUAAAUCCUUUUAGGAUCCCAUCCCGAUCCUAGUAUUCGAAAUGGCGAGAAUAUAACCUUCAAAUUGCAAUCCGAUUCCAAACAAAAACUCUAGUCUUGACUCGAUCUAAAAUGUUCGGGUAUCCGUACACACAUUUAAAUAUUUCAGACAAUUGUAAAUUAUAAUUGCUGUUUCUAAAUUAUUAUUUUCAGAUCACGGGUAUAAUUUUACUAUCCAUUGGCAUUGCGAUACAUGGAGUUUAUUACAAUUAUCAACACUUCUUGGAUAAUAAAUUUUUAUCAGUUCCUUCUCUGCUGAUCGCAAUCGGUACAAUUAUCUUUUUCAUCGCCUUUUUCGGGUGUUGCGGCGCUGUACGCGAGAAUUAUUGUAUGAUAGUUACGUUUACGUCGUUGUUGGUCAUCGUUUUUAUUUUGGAACUCUCAGGUGGUAUAUCUGGAUACGUUCUGAGAGCGAGAGCUUCAUCAAUUAUUCAAAAUAAAAUGAGAGAUUCAAUGCAACAGUAUCAAAAUAGUUCAGAGAUAUCAGCCCUUUGGGACAAUCUCCAGCGUGAUUUCCAUUGUUGUGGUACAGCAAACGCGAGCGAUUGGAUAACUAUUGGACAUAUGAACAAGACAAAUCUUCCAGCUUCGUGCUGUGUUGGAAUUACACCACCAACAAAUUGCACUUCUACGUCCUUGACACUGCAAAAGAUAGGUUGCUAUGAUACGUUUGUUUCUUUCAUUAAAUCACAUGCUGUACAACUUGGUGGUGUUGGACUUGGCAUUGCUUUCGUUCAGGUAAUCAAUAUAUGUGUGUAAAUAAAGGACAAAAAAUCAAGGACAAUUGAAUUCAAAAAAAUUCAUAUUAUUCUUAGAUAGAAUUAGGUAAUUAUUUUCAAGUAAUUUAUUAUUUUAGUUGUUAUCUGUUUCAGGCAAUGGGAAUCUGGUUCUCAGUUUUCUUAGCUCGAUCGAUUAGGAACAGUUAUGAGACUGUAUAA